CCUCCGCACACACACACCGUAUAAGCUUAUUGCCUCCUAUCCUCUUGUGGCACAGAACAACUGGACCAUUUUCUAUCUUUCCUCUAUUUCUCCAUCCGCAGCACGGAAGAAGACUGAUUUGUUCACUCGACCAUACAGGGUCAACCUGGCUCCCGUUUUCGUCUUCGAUUGAAGAUGAUGGCGGUAUGCUACUGUAGGCAGUGGGAGGAGGAGGAGAAACGCGUCCAAUGGUGUUAUAGAGGGGAGCGGGAGCAGCCGCUUUGUCGACGCCCCGCCCUUUUGUGUGCGCUUCGCUCAGACACUGGCACAUGUUAGAUCACACACAACCACUUUGUCCGAUCCCUCAUCACUUUUGUGCCGUGGCAGCUCGCCGCUGUGUCUCAGUCGUCGCCCAGCUGUCUUGCACAGAUCGACCAACCAACUAACCUAAUCCAAAUUCCUUCUUGUUUUGUUUUGCUCUCGCUGUCGUGAUUACAGUGCAACAUCAGUUAAGAGUUUGUUUUAGAAUGACCAUGGACACGACGAUGGAUAGCGGCCGCGAAUCCAACAGCAUCCCGAAGAAUCAGGCAACGCCUAAACGCAGUUUUGAUGUGGCCUUUCUAACAGGCGUCAGUGAAAACAAUCGCUAUAAUCAAACGAGUUCGGAUGACGACGAUCAGGAAGAAGAUUUGAGAUGUGCCGCUAAGAAAUCCGUCGACGAGAAAUCGGCCAUCCAUCAGAAAUUGCAUCAAUCGUCGGUCGUGAGCGGAUCGCAAAAGAGCGCCUUCAAGAAAGUGAGCAAAAUCAACAAUAACAAUAACUCUGUAGCAGAAACGGACGGAAGCAGUGGCACUAGUAGCACGACGGGCAAUAACCUUCCGGUGGAUUUGAGCAUGAUGAUGUCAGCCGCUGCAGCCGUAGCAUCCGCACCACCCUAUUAUCAUCCGUUUUCUUUCCCGGCGAUUGCAACUACUUUGUCGCUGCAAUUAAUGCAACAAAAUAAUGCAGCAAAAGGAUUGGCCAUGUCGCUGUUUAGUCAUCCAGCUGCGGCGGCGGCUGCAGCCGCAAUGGCAGCCCAUCAGCAGUCUUUCUUCCAGCAACAUCCGCCCUUGAAAUCUAAUGGUGGCAACAACCUUUUACACCCGAUGAAAACGACAGACCGACGUCCAGAUGGAGCCAAUAAUCUCAUCGAGGAUUAUUUGCGGGCGCAGGCUUCUCUCUAUCAACAACAGCAACAACAAUCCGAGAAGGAUUUCAAUCUCUUUACAGCUAACAAGACGAUGCGUCUGGUCGACUCAUCUGGACCUACUGCUGCUUAUUGUCCCCCUCCAUUCCAUUCGGCGAUGGAUCAUCGGCUUUCGCGAACUAAUUCUUCCAGCAUGGCACCACCACCACCACCUCCUGCGGCUCCUACACUUUCCACUACACCAGUCGGUGCACAGCAGCAACCCGUUUCGUCGCCGAUUCAUCAGAUUCCGGCAGCUGCUCUGGCGGCCAGUUUAGCUUCAGCACCGUCGCAGAACGUUUGUGCUAAAUGCAACCUGAGUUUCCGUAUGACGUCUGAUCUCGUUUAUCACAUGAGAUCGCAGCACCGUCGCGACGCUAAUACCGAUCCUGUGCGACAAAAGAGACAGGAGAAAUUACGAUGCCCCGUCUGCGGAGAAAAUUUUCGCGAACGCCAUCACCUGACACGGCACAUGACCUCGCACGAAGAUCGUGAACUUGAAGCCAAGUGAUUUUUUUUAUUUUUUUUUAUUUUUAAUGGUGUAAUUAAUUUUUUUAAAGGGGAGGGUUCGUGUUUAGUGAAAGGUAAAACGGUGACUUUUAAUUAAAUCUUUUCGUGGCUUUCUAGCAACGUAUAUCUGUGAAAUAAUAAUUUUUUGAAAUGCUUCGUUUGUGUUUUGGAUUCUCUGUUUCCCCCUUUGAAAAAAAAAUAGGUUAUUGUUGAUUUAACAUUGUAUCAUACAAAUAUGGAGGAAUGGAAAAGGUCUACUUCUUCAAUUUAUGUUAUUGUUUCCCUUUCGAAAUUGAUUGCCAAAGACAUUCACAGAGUAUAAUCGUGUCUUGGACUUUCCUACUGGUGAAAACACCUGGUUCAUGCAUUUUAUUGGUCUGUAAACUGCAAUAUGUCCACCUUUGAACUCAAUCACAGAUGUGUUUAGUCAAUUUUCAUUCCUAAUUGAUUGUUGCUGUGUAUUUAUUCCGUGCAAUCGGAAAUAUAUUUACACCAAAAUUA